AUGUUGCUCUCCCGCUUUCUUGAUGUAUUGGCCCCAGGAUGGCAAGAGGGCAACGACACGGUGACCAUCAACGCUGCUUUGGAUGAGUUCGGACUUAUAGAGGUCCGACUCUCCCACACCGGGCGCGUGGUGUGA